AAACGUAUUUUGCAUAAAAAGCAAACGAACGGAAAACGAAUUAAAAAAGGAAAAAAGCCCGCCAGGAACUGGAACUGCGCGCGGCCCCAAAAAGGUCAGAGGCAGCACAGCGGAACGUUGGCAUGAAACGAAACGAACGCCCGGCAAUGGCGGCAGACAUGCAAAUUUAUGCAUUUUAAGUGCGGCAGCAACAACAACAACGAACAACAACAAACAACAACAAGAGCCACAACGAAACACGACUAAAAGCAGAUUUAAAGCAAAUUAAUUAAAUUAACAUACACAUGGAAAUCGGAACCAAAAACAAUUAGCGCCACACUAUGGAAGCUGGAAAUGAAAGAGCGGCUCUUGAUGAAGCGCAGCCACAUCAAGCAGCAGCAGAGGCGGUGGGCGUGGCAAUGGCAACAGAGACGUCAUUUAGCAACCAAGAGACUGAUAAAGCGGCCAUCACGAUGAAGUGCGUCAACGGAAACGCUGACAUAACUAAAACAACAACAACAACAACAACAACAACAACGAACACACUCAGAUUGGAGGAUGUGGUUGCAUUUGUCAUGCCAGCCACAACAGAAGCGGCAACAAGUGCAACACGCAGCACCACCCAAUCGAGCCAUGCCACAAAAUCGGCUGGCAGCAGUCGCAGCAGUUCGCUGCGUAAACAACGACGGGCCGCCGGCCUCAACAACAUGUUGUUGUUGGACGUUGCGGGCGGCGGGGGUGGUGCGUUGGGCGGUGGCGGCAGCGGCAGCGAUAUGAAAAUAUCGCAAUCGAUGACCUCGCUGCCGGCGGACGAGCUGCAGCAGGAGCGACGCGAUACCAUCCAGGCCAAGCUGCAUCUGGAGCGACCCUACAACAGCCUCAAGAAAAACUCACUGAGCGGCGGCAACAAGUGCUCCAGCAACAACAACAACAACAAUAGCAACAACAACAGCGGCAGCAACAACAAAAUGCACCGUUACUCUUGGGGCAGCGGGCACAGCCACAGCAGCUCGACCAGCCUGCACAGCAGCGCCACACUUGGUCUGGGCUCGUCGGGCAAAGACGACCUCUGGGCGGCUAUUCAAACAAACUAUAAUUAUAUUAUGGACACAAACCUGUUGGAUACGUGCAAAGAGGCGCGGUUUGAGAUUGAGGAGGCGCAGCCCACAUCACGCGAGUCCAAAUUUAUGGGAAGCCAACUGCAUAUUCUGGAUGAAACGCAGCGACCCGAGGGUCUGUGCGAGGAUCCUAAGGAAUUGCGUCGCUGGCUACGCGACAUGGAAAACAAAUUGGAAAAUGCGCCAACUAUUUCGGAAUUAACAUUAUAUUGCAAUUCGGAGUUGCAGCGCCAUCUAGCAGUACACUCGGUGUUGUACCAUGAAAUUGUAUCACACGCUCGAGUUGUAAGCGCUUGCAUUCGCGCCGCCUCCGAAAGGGAACGGGAACGGGAACAAUCGCAGUCACAGCCACAGUUGCAGCAACAACCCGCAUCUCUCACCAGCAAUUGCUCCAGUGAAUCGACCAGCGAUUCGGUAACCAAAUCGCAUAGUCUCAGCAGCGGCUUCGCCUCUGAUGCAGCCCAAUUGAUCACGCCCAGCAGCACAGCGGCCACAACUGGCACUGGAAUCGUCGCAGCUGGCGGCGGCAGCACAGCUCAUCCCAGGAAGGGUGAGGGCAAUUUGGAGCGACUACGCGAUCGUUAUCAUCUGAUCUAUUUGAAGGCCUUUGAGCUGCAACUCUGCCUCGACAAUUUACUGCGCAAACGCAGCUCCACAGCGAACGGCUUGGAUGACGACGACGAUACCGAAGACGAUUCAUUUGGUUACGAGGGUGAAGGCGACGGCGACGCUGCCACCGAGGACGAUCUGAACGAGGUUGCCUCCGAUUUGGACUUGGAGUGCGAGAGUGGUUGUGCGCCCAGUCACAACUCGACGGAGCUGUUGCAACGUUGUCAGCUAACUGCCACAGAGAUUGUUGCCGCCAACGUUCAGGCCGAGGAUCAGUCACGCGAUUGUAUCGCAACCCAAAAGCCUGGUGACGAGGCCGACGAGGAGCCAGAAGAGGAGGACGACGACGAGACAGACGUUGUUGAUUUUGUGAUUGCCAAACGCGCCUGGCGUCCAUCCAAAAACACAAAUCACCUCAGUCACAGUCACAGCAACUCACCCGCCGCAGCAGCCACGCUCACCGAUUUCGAGGCCGACUCCGAGAGCAGCGAUCUGGAGCAGGUGCAGCAAUUGCGACGAGGCGGCGCUGGUGGUGGCGGUGGCGGUGGCGGCAGCCUACUCAUCAAUCAGCGACGUGUGGUGCUGCCCAUCAUUACGCACAGCACACAGCUGCACCACCAUCAACUGACAGUGGGUCAUGUGCUAGACAUGUCGCAGGCCAGCAGCAACAACAACAGCAGCAGCUCCACGCCCAAUUUGGCCAAUUUGUCGCUGUUGCAGACGCGACACGGCAACGUGAAAAUGUUGCCGCCACAGUGCCACAAUGGCGUCAAGCCGAAGAGCAUUGCCGUCGCCGUAAUCACGCCGAAUACCCAUAAUCAUAGCCAUCAUAAUGGCCAUGGACAUGGCCAUGGACACGGUCACGGACACGCACACGAACUGAACAAGUCGCCAACGGUGCUGAGAAAGGCGGCAACACAUCGCGGCCAUCACAAUGACACCUCCAAGUUCAAUCGUUCCAAUCGCAAGUCCAAGAACUGCGCCAUCUUCUACUUCAAGCAUUUGGAUACGGACAAUGAGACGAGCGGCACCGCUGGCACCGAUGCUGCCGGCGAGGGGGAUGCUCGUCAGCCCAGCGAAAUACUAAAAUCGGCUGAUGCCUCAUCGGAUGACGACGACGAAGGUUGGCUCUACACAGCAGCAACAGCAGCAGCAGCAGCAGCAGCAACAACAACAGCAACAACUGCGACACCAACAGCAGCAACAUCCACAGUCGAUGGUCUGCAGUCGGCUGCCAUCUCAUCGACAACCUCUGGCGCCGUUGCAGGAGUCAGCGCUGCGCCCAGCGACGACUCUGAUAAGGAGAACAAGGAGACGCUGGUGACCACAACAGCUGCAACUGCUGUUGUUGCGAUUGCAACUGGCAGCACUGGCAACAGCAGCAACUACGACAGCAGCAGCGCCUGCUCCUCGUCCAAUUCGAACGGUGUCCAUACGGAGACAUCGGCCACGUCGCGGGUUACCCAAAUGCAGCGCAGUGUUGUCGACAUGGACAUUCAGUUGCAAAUCUGCAAUGGUAGCGCCAGCGAUGGCAGCAGCAGCAACAACACAAGACACAUCAUUAGCAACAAUUGCUACAAACAACUGCACAGCGACAGCGACAACAACAACUGCAGCACUCAGCAGCAGCAACAACAGCUGAAUGCCAACAACAAUAACAAUAAUCACAAGCAACAGCAACAGUCGCGCCUGGACUCUAAACAGCAACAACAACAGCAACUGCUGAAAAUGGGCGCAAAUCUGGAGAACGCUGAUGAGGCAACUGUUGCUGAUAAUGCAAAUGGAAAUGCAGCACAGCUGCAGUCUAUGUGCCACAACAACAACAACAACAACAACAGCAGCAGCAGUUUUUAUAGCCGCGCCGACAUCUGCAACAUCAGCGUUUGGCCCACUGAGAUGAGCAACUGCAGCAAUGGAAAUCCAAUUCCGAAUGGCCAACAGAAUGGUGGCAAUCGUUUGCCACCCCGCUCGCCGGCCAAGUCCGCCAAGUCCUCUAAAUCGCAGGCGAGCAGCAGCAAUGCGACUAUGUCGCCAGCAAAGUGCAAGGUCUCGCAUGAUUCAAUCAAGCAGCUUGUGCUCGAAGCGGAGCAUUUGGUGCGCGACGCUCAGGAGGCAGCAUUGAAGACGCCAACGAAGCAGAAACAUUCCAUCAUCAAAAUCUCCUCGACGGUCAAGAAGCGCGAACUGACCAUGCCCGGUCCCAUCAAGCAGCGUGUCGAGGAAUGGCUGGAGCAUCAGCCGUCGACGCCGCAGCUGUUGACGCGCAGCCACGCCCUUGAGGCGCCCAGCAAGCCGGAUGACUGCGAGGCCUCCGGCGAGGCCAGCGAAACGGACUCAAUGCCACAGACGGGUCUCGUUUGUGGCGGCAACUCGGACUCCUCGGAGGGAUUCACCGACUCGAUUGCGACGUGCCUGCAGACGAGCACCAACUCGUAUGGCAAUUCAACGGAACGCAUUGGCGGCUCCGCCGAACCAAUUGGCCAGCCGGCCACGCCCCUGGGCUAUGGCAGCAGCAAUCAGAGCCUGAACGUAAAGAUCGUCAAGCGUCCGCAGACGCGUCGCAAGUCGGAGCGUCCCUGGUCCGUCUCCUGCCUGUCGCAGCUGACCACCGAUGCCGCUCAGCUGACCACAACGAUUGCCGCCGUCGGCCAGAGCUCGCCGCCGGGCCUGGCCAGCCAUUCGAUCAGUGAGAGUGCUUUGGACUCGCUGUCGCCGGGUCCACGGGCACGUGCCGCCUCCUCCUCGGGCACGGGCAGCAAUGCGGCACGCAAAGCGGACAGCAAGGGUUCGCUGCGGCGCCGGCGUGCCCGCAAGAAGCGCAUGUCUGCCGCCUCCGGCGGCAAAAAGUCCGACUCGGGCUCGGAGGCGCAUGGCGAUCUUACGCAGACGCUCAUGAAAUCCUGCGAGUCGAUGUCCUCGCAGCAGCUGCAAGAGUUCACCAAUGCACUGCUGAGCAUACAAAAGGGCAGCCCCAAAACGGACGAGCCCACGACCACCGAGGCCGAUGCCGAGUCUCAGCUCAUGGUGCCCAAGUUCCGUGUGGGCUCCUUCACCACAGCCGCUUUGAUGGCCAGCGAAAUCCGUUUGGGCGCACUCGCAGCCCUCUCCAACUACAUGCACGAGGACGAGCAGCAAGCAGAGCUGAGCACUGAGGAGCAUCACAGCAGCAUCUCGGAGACAGCCUGGGACAACUAUCAAGAGAAAUACAAUUCGGAGAACUAUUCGGAGGGCUUUGAUUCGGAUGCGGCGCGUCGUCUCUUGGAAUUCGGCGAUGACUAUCGCAAUUUCAUUGACUCGCAGUCGGAUUGCUGCAGUUCGCUGUCGGCGGCCAACAAUUUGGAUUCGUUUUCGCCGCCGCGCAUGGACUCGCUGCAGCAGCACGAGCAGAAGGCCCUACACAUUACCCAGGAGACGUUUAGCAGCAGCGUGGAUCACGCACGUCGCCAGCGCGCCCUCGAGCUGCAGUACGAGCGCCGCCGCAAGACGCUCGAAGUGCGACGCAAGUCGUGUCAAGACAUGGCGGAGGCCAUCAGCUGCCAGACGGAGCAGCAGCAACAGCAGCAGGCGACCACCGCAAACCUGUCCUCCUCGGCCACGGCUCUGAUGACGCCCAAGCAUGCAAUGGCCAGCCAGCAGCUGCCAGCAACUACCCGGACUGAAUCCGUGGGCCGUAAGCUGGAAUUCGGGGCCGGCAUGAGCCACUCGGCCCAGUCGCUGUUGCGUCGCACCUCGGAGAGCGACACAUCGACGCGCCGACGCCGCACCGUGACCGCCGAUGAGCGCAGACGCUCGUCGCGCAAUCUGGAGAAGUGCAUCAAGCUGAUACCGGCGACUUCCUCGUCGAGCGGCGAUGAUUCUGAGGAUGGGGAACAGGAGAUGCGCUCCCUGUUGCAACAGAGUCGCGACAGACUCGAGGAUACGCGCGCCCUCAAGAUACGCUGUCAUCUGUUGCGACCCGAGGAUUAUAACGAGAUAAUCAACACUUGCCGUGACAAUAUACGCUGCCUGGAGGCCGUGCUGAGGGGUCCGCCUGGCACGGUGCUAUCGACACACUGCGCCGGCCAGACAAAAGAUCUAUUGGCUGCUUGGGAGGAUCUGCUUAACUGGAGCGAGAAUGCGGCGAGCGCACGCAAGCUGCAGCAGGAGAUGAGCGCAUUGAAGCACACGCUGCGCCGCUUGGGCGAUAAGUCCACGCCGGAGCUGCUCGACACAGAGCCAGCCAUACAGGUAGCCGUCGAGGCCUUAAAGCUCGAGCAGACACAGCUAAGCAGCUAUCGCACCAACAUGCUGCGCCUGAACGCCUCGGUGCACAGCUGGUUGACGCGCCAGGAGCGACGUCUACAACAGGAGCAGCUGCAGCAGCAGCUGCAACAGGAGUCCGAACAACUUCAUCAGAAAAAGGAGCAGGAGCACGAGCAGCAGCAGCCGGCAGAGCUGAAGCCUGCUGGAGGCGGCGGCGUGGUGGCCAUCACUGUAACUGACAGCAAUGGCAACCAGGUGGUGGAAGCCUCUACGGGCACCUGCGAUGUGUCCAGCCUGAUGAGCGCCGAGCAGGAGUUCCACAAGCAUCUCAAGGAUGAGGUCAGCGACAUGUACAGCGCCUGGGACGAGGCAGAUGCAAGAAUCAAUUCGCAGCUGGAGAUGCUCACAAAUUCAUUGAUUGCCUGGCGCCAGCUCGAGUGCGGGCUGAGCGAGUUUCACCUGGCCCUGGGCCAGGAUCGCGGCACACUCAAGGGCCUGGAGGGCGCUCUGGACAAGGGACAGGCGACGCCUGUCGAGCUGGCCCAGAACGUCAAGCUGGUGGCCAAGCUGCUCUCUGAGAAGGUCAACGUUAGCCAGGAGCAGCUGCUCGCCGUGCAGCAGCAUCUCGAUCCCAAUCAUAUCUAUCACAUUGCCAAGUUUACCGCCUCGAACGGCUCGCUCUCCGACUCGGGCAUCUCGGACGGCGGUGCCACCUCCGAUGGCGGCCUGUCCGAGCGUGAACGACGCCUGGGCGUGCUGCGUCGCCUGGCCAAGCAGCUGGAGCUGGCCUUGGCGCCGGGCAGCGCUGCCAUGCGCUCCAUUGCAGCACGCAUGGAAAGUGCCGAGGCGGAGCUGAAGCAGCUGCAGAACACCUGCCGCGAUUUGAUUGUGCGCACCGCCGCCUCGCACCAGCAGAAACAGCAGCAGCAGGAGAAGCAAAAGGAGCAGCUGGCCAAUGGCCAUGCCAAGCAGCUGGCUGGCAAAUCCCAAACGCAGUCGCCUAAACGCAGAAACGCGCGCAAAACGCGUCAAAUCGCUGCUGAGCAAAACGUGGAGCAGCCGGAGCAGCGUGCUCUCCGCAAGGAACAGGAGCAGCAGGUUGUCGAGCAGCUGCAGCGCAUUGUCGCUGCCGGCGGCGGUGGUGGUGGUGGGGAUGACGAUCCGCCCGAGGAGCCAGCCGCCGCAUUGCUGGACAGCUCCGGGGAGGAUGAGGAUGCCGAUGGCGCUUCCAAGAAGCGUCGUGGCUGGGCGUGGCGCAUCGCGAGGGCAGCGGUGCCCAUGCAGCUGGCGCUGUUCACGUUCUUCUGCGCCGCCUGCAUGAUGCAGCCCAACUGCUGCGACAAUCUCAACAAUCUGUCCAUGAGUUUUACGCCUCAGCUGCGCUAUAUACGCGGCCCGCCUCCGAUUUGAGCGGCGCGUGCUGCGCGUUUUUCGCAGCAUGCGAAACGCGCGCACGUUUUUAUGUAGGCAACAACAAAUAAUUUACUUAAGACGAGUAUCGUUAAGCAAUCUAACAGCCAGUUAGGUGCCAGCGCAGGCGACAAGCAGCCUGACAUUCGGGCGACCUCAAAGUGGAACCCGGCAAUGAGGCGGCCACGGCGCGUUUCAGACGCGUUUCGCACGCGCUUCGAACGCGUUUUGCGUUUAAAUACGCGCGCGUGCGCGCGUCUUGCAGCAGUUAGAAUUUUUUUUCGUGUGUGUUUUUUGUCUUUUACAAAACGGAGGCACUUAGUUUUUUUUUUUAUUUUUAAAUGUGCGAAACGGCCUGCUUAAGAUAUAUCCCACAUAGAUUUUGAUUUGAUUUGAUGGAUUGUUUCGUGUUUAUCUUAAGAGUUUGAUUGCGGUUCUUACAAACAUAUUUUUACGAGGAAGCGUUUAAAAUUAAGUGCAAAAAAAAACACAAGUUUAAGCUCAACUUUAGCAAGUACAGGAAGAAAAGAGAGCGGAAGGUCAAGAGUUCAUGACACAACAUGGAGAGGAAACAAAAAUAAGGAAAACAAAAAUUCGUAUCGUACUUAGAGCACGAUAUUGGGAGCACGCAACCCGCCCACAUAUCGAGCAACACAUUCAUGAGGCAUGACAAACUCCAGUUAUUAGAAAUACAAUUUACAAUACGUUUCGCUUCAUUUCGGAAACUUUUCUGUUUGAAAAACACGUAAAGUGCCUACAAAGGCCCAACACAAUGGAUGUGGGCCCACAGCGACAGCGAAACCUUUAAGAAUGAAUCGAAGAGGGAGAAGGAGAUAAAAAGCGAGUGAAAGGUGAGUGCAUAACGAAACGUUUAAGAAAGAGAAGAGAGAGAGAGGCGAGAGUCGAAUGCAUAUCGAAACGUUUAAAAAAGGGAAGAAGACAAAUCGAGUGCAUGUCGAAACGUUUAAGACAGAGAAGAGAGAGAGAGAGAGAGAGGCGAGAGCAUAUCGAGAAAAAGGCAACAUAGCAAAACAGAAGCUAAGCCAAACUAUAUACAAAAGCAACGGCGGAAGUGCUUUGUUUUGGCACGCGCCAAAACCAGUUGAGAAUUAGAGUUUCUAUUUUUAUAUGCAAUGCAAUUUAUAUGAACACAGGAACAGUUUUUGUCCACCUUGCGCUCUAUUUAAUAUUCAGUUUUAUGUCUAUUAUAUUAAUAGGAUAAAUUCGAAAAAACCCACAAAACUUGCAAAUAUCUAAACAGUGAAAUGGAACAGAGAUCAGAGUUAAUUUGUACGUGUAUCUAAGGCUAUCUAACAGCUAAACUAUGUUUAGGUUGUACUUCUUAUUUGGCAACAACAAUUAAAUUAUAAACUAUUUAUAAGUUUCGUAAUCUUGUGAGUUUUUCCAAUUUUGAAUGCAAUCAAAAAACAAAAAAAAACUACAAAAAAAAACCUAUAUGAAAAACAAAAUAUAAAAGUAUUAAAGAGCAGAAAAUAAAAGAUUUGUUUAACUCUUGAAA